CGGCGGGGGUUGCCGUGGAGACCGCCGGUGGGGCCGUGUCUCCGGGGAGCCGCCGCUCGCCUGAGGGAGCCGCGCCGGGAGCCUCGCGGCGGCCGCUCCCCGCCCUGCGCCGCCAUCCCGGGGCGGCCCUGCGAGACCUGUUUGUGUUAGGCCUUUCAUCCUAAUCCUGGAGAAAAGACAGUGAGAACAGCUGAGAACAUGAUCCGAAUUGCAGCAUUGAAUGCGAGCUCCGCAAUUGAGGAUGACUACGAAGGUACCUUUAAGAGUCAUAAGACACAGACAAAAGAAGCCCAGGAAGCAGAGGCUUUUGCUUUGUACCACAAAGCUUUGGACCUUCAGAAACAUGACCGAUUUGAAGAGUCUGCAAAAGCUUAUCAUGAGCUGCUUGAGAUUCGUCUUCUGAGAGAGGCAGUUCUUUCUGGUGAUGAGAAAGAAGGACUGAAACAUCCAGGCUUGAUGUUAAAAUAUUCCACCUAUAAAAACCUAGCACAGUUGGCAGCACAACGCGAUGACUUAGAGACAGCCAUGGAGUUUUACUUGGAGGCUGUGAUGCUAGACUCUACUGAUGUCAACCUAUGGUAUAAAAUUGGCUGUGUGGCAAUCAAACUAAUCCGACUGCCUUUGGCUCGUCAUGCUUUUGAAGAAGGUCUCAGGUGUAAUCCUGAUCACUGGCCUUGUUUGGAUAAUCUUAUCACGAUCUUGUACACACUCAGUGACUACACAACAUGUUUGUACUUUAUCUGCAAAGCUCUGGAGAAAGACUGUCUAUAUAGUAAAGGAUUGGUUCUGAAGGAGAAGAUCUUUGAGGAGCAACCUUGCCUUCGGAAAGAUUCCUUAAGGAUGUUCCUCAAAUGUGACAUGUCUAUCCAUAAUGUCAAUUUGAGUGCAGCCGAAACGGGAAGAAUCAUAGAUGAAGCACUGGAAUUACGAAAGAAAAGACAAGCUUUGCUAGUACGUGACAGAGAACCAGACCUCAGACUGGUCCAGCCAAUUCCCUUUUUCACGUGGAAGUGUUUAGGAGAAGCUUUACUUGCCAUGUAUCACCACCUCACAACGUGUGACCCUCCUCGACCCAGUCUGGGAAAGAGAAUUGACCUCUCAGAAUACCGAGAUCCAGUUCAACAUGUGAUGCUUUCUCCUACCUCUACUCCUGUCAGUGUUAUUCAGCCAACUCCUGUCAGCACUAAUCCAGUAGUGACAAUACCAGAUCCUGUAUUACCUUAUACACCAACGACACCCAACUUUCCAAGUCACAGUCAGAGUUUAUUAGAACCAGGAACUACUGUAGGUGAGCAAGGUGACAUCUCUGCAGGUGAUAAAUCUAAGAAAGGUGUGAAGCGAAGGAGAAUUACAGAAGAUAGUGGUGAAACAGCAAAGAGGAGAUCUGCUAGAGUCCGGAACACCAAGUGUAAAAAAGAGGAGAAGGUUGACUUUCAAGAGCUGCUGGUGAAAUUCCUUCCUUCCAGAUUAAGGAAGUUAGAUCCAGAGGAGGAGGAAGAUGCUUUCAAUAACUAUGAGGUGCAGUCAGAGAUCAAAGAAGAGAAUUUCCAGCAUGUUGGACCACACAGAAUGUCAUUUGAUUCUACAACAUUUAUGGAAUCUGAAAAACAGGAUGUUCAUGAAUUUCUGCUGGAUAAUCUGAAUAAUGGUGGGAUCUUGGAGCUAAUGAUGAGAUAUCUGAAAGUCAUUAGCCAGAAGUUUCUAGUAAAAUGGCCUCCUGGCUUAUGUGAGGUGGUCCUUAGUAUCUAUAAUAGCUGGAGAAAGCAUAGUAGUAGUCUUCCUAAUCCCUUACUGAGGGACUCAAGUAAUCAGCAUAUCAAGGAUAUGAUGUUGAUGAGCCUUUCUUGCAUGGAACUGCAAUUAGAUCAGUGGCUGCUAACAAAGGGGAAGAGCUCUACAGUUUCUCCACGAAAUUGCCCUGCUGCCUCUGUGAAUGGAAAGUUUGGCCCUGACUUCCCAGGAAUUCAUUUCUUGGGAGACCUGUUGCAGCUGUCAUUUGCAUCCUCACAGAAGGAUUUAUUUGAGGAAGGCUGGAUGGAGUUUGUCACUCGGGUGUACUGGCUGAAAGCUCGCUUUCUAGCACUGCAGGGAGACAUGGAACAGGCACUUGAAAACUACGAUAUCUGCACUGAAAUGCUACAGAGCUCCACUACAAUGCAAGCUAAAGCUGGCAAUGAAUGCAGCAUCAUAAUACGGUUACCUAAUCUACAUGUUGAUUCUGUUGUUUCUUUAGAAGAGAUUGAAAAGAACCUAAAAUCUCUGGAGAGAUGCCAGUCUUUGGAAGAGAUCCAGCGACUGUAUGAGGCAGGGGAUUAUAAUGCAGUGGUGCAUCUGCUUCGUCCAACAUUAUGCUUUAAUGGUUAUGGCAGAGCAAAACAUCUGGAAUUUGUAACAUCCAUACCAGAGAGACCAGCACAGCUGCUUCUCCUACAGGAGUCCCUGCUCAAACUGAAAGAUUACAAGCAAUGCUUUGAAUGCUCAGAAGUUGCCUUGAAUGAAGCAAUUCAGCAGAUGAUUAAUAUGACAGCAGCCUCUGUUAAAGAAGAGUGGGUUGCUACGGUAACACAGCUGCUCACAGGAAUAGAUACUUCAUUAUCAUCAGUCAACAGCAUCCUGAAAGACUCUUCUGUAACACCAAGCCUCGUUCGAUUAACAAACAACCUGAUUCAGAUCAUAGACUGCAGCAUGGCGGUCCAGGAAGAACCAAAAGAGCCAUAUGUCUCCUCAGUGCUUCCAUGGAUAAUCCUGCACAGAAUCAUCCAGCAUGAGGAAGAUGCUUUUCAAUCCCUUUGCUGCCAGCAGCAGCAGAACCAGGGAGAAGAAGUGAGUCCUGAUACCCCUAUGUUGCCUUCUUCUCUGAUGCUGCUGAACACUGCUCAUGAGUAUUUGGGAAGAAGAUCCUGGUGUUGCAAUUCAGAUGGUGCUCUUCUCAAGUUCUAUGUUCAGGUACUACAAAAAGAACUUGCAGCAUCCACUUCUGAAGAUACUCAUCCAUACAAAGAAGAGCUGGAAACAGCUUUGGAACAGUGUUUUUAUUGUUUAUAUGGUUUCCCUAGCAAAAAAAGCAAAGCAAGGUACCUAGAAGAACAUUCAGUACAGCAGGUUGAUCUAACAUGGGAAGAUGCUUUGUUCAUGUUUGAAUAUUUUAAGCCUAAAACUCUUCCAGAAUUUGAUAGCUAUAAAACCAGUACUGUGUCAGCUGAUUUAGCCAACCUUUUGAAGAAGACUGCUACGAUUGUUCCUCGAACAGACAAGCCUAUGCUGAGCCUAGAUACUGUAUCUGCCUAUAUUGAAGGAGCUUGCAGCAAGGUACCGUCUCUCCCAGAUGGUGCAGACUAUUCUCCACCAGUGGUGACUGAGUUGUACUAUCUUCUGGCAGACUAUCAUUUCAAGAAUAAAGAACAGUCUAAGGCCAUUAAAUUUUACAUGCACGACAUUUGUAUUUGUCCGAACAGGUUUGAUUCGUGGGCUGGCAUGGCUCUGGCUCGAGCAAGUCGUAUUCAGGACAAGUUGAACUCUAACGAGUUGAAAAGCGACGGCCCAAUCUGGAAGCACUCUACUCCUGUCUUGAAUUGCUUCAAGCGAGCCCUGGAGAUUGACAGCUCUAAUCUCUCCUUGUGGAUAGAAUAUGGCACCAUUUCUUAUGCCCUACAUUCUUUUGCAUCUCGACAGCUUAAGCAGUGGAAAUCAGAACUCCCCCCUGAAGUUGUACAGCAGAUGGAAGAGCGUCGGGACAGUAUGUUGGAGACAGCCAAGUUGUGUUUUACGUCAGCAUCUCGCUGUGAGGGAGAUGGUGAUGAAGAGGAGUGGCUUAUUCAUUACAUGCUGGGAAAGAUUGCAGAGAAGCAGAAACAGCCUCCUGUUGUCUAUCUGCUGCAUUACAAACAGGCAGGCCAUUACUUGCAUGAGGAGGCUGCCCGAUACCCAAAGAAAAUUCACUAUCAUAAUCCACCAGAACUUGCCAUGGAAGCGUUGGAGGUAUACUUUCGACUUCAUGCUUCUAUUUUGAAACUUGUGGGGAAACCAGACUCUGGAGUAGAUGCAGAGAUACUAGUUAGUUUCAUGAAGGAAGCUUCUGAGGGACCAUUUGCCCGGGGUGAGGAGAAGAACACCCCAAAAGUUGCAGAAAAGGAAAAAACUUGCAUGAUUGAUGAAGACUCUCACUCUUCAGCUGGAACGGUGCCAGGCCCUGGGACUUCCCUCCCCUCCUCCUGCGGUCCAGGUCUGACAUCCCCACCUUACACAGCCACUCCAGUUGACCACGAUUACGUCAAAUGUAAAAAACCCCGUCAGCAGGCAACGCCGGACGAGAGGAGUCAGGAUAGCACUGCAGCGGUGCUGUCUGACUCCAGUUCUACACAGGAUAUGUUUAAUGAGCCUGCCAGUUCUCAAGACAGCCUGAGGAAGACUUACACAGAGAAGAGGAUUUCUACUACCUGUGCUGAUGCUGUGAUACCCAGCAAAGAAACCCUGGGACCUACAGAGGAAAAGAUUGCAGGAAAGUCAGAAGAGCUGCUGGAGAUCUCAGAAUCUUACCACCCUGCUGAGCCUACAGGCCAAAAGAUUCUGGUGGAGUCUCAGACUGCUGCUGGCAAUCCCAUCAAAGCUACAAUCCCCACACCCUCACAGUGGGACUACAAAAAGAAAGCUGAACAUAGUGGAGAUACAUCUGAAUUUCCUCAUGGCCUUCCAGCAGACCUUGAGGAACAGCGGAAGUUCCUGACAGAGCAAUGUAUUGCCUCCUUCUGUCUGUGCCUCAGCCGCUUUCCCCAGCACUACAAGAGCCUCUACAGACUGGCUUAUCUGUACACAUACAGCAAAACACACAAGAACCUACAGUGGGCCCGCGAUGUGCUGCUGGGCAGCGGCGUCCCCUGGCAGCAGCUGAAGCACAUGCCUGCACAGGGCCUCUUCUGCGAGAGGAACAAGACAAAUUUCUUCAAUGGAAUCUGGCGCAUCCCCGUGGAUGAGAUCGACCGCCCGGGCAGUUUUGCAUCUCAUAUGAACCGCUCUAUUGUCUUACUGCUAAAUGUACUGUCACAGCUAAAGGAUUACAACACCUUGCUGAAAGUCUCAUCUAUGCUACAGAGGACCCCUGAUCAGGGAAAGAAGUACUUGCGUGAUGCCGAUCGCCAAGUUUUGGCCCAACAAGCCUUUGUGCUUACAGUGAAAGUGUUGGAGGACAUUCUCAACGAUCUGACACAGGUUUCAGAAGAUCAGAGUUCCAAGUCUUCUAACCUUGCUUCAGGAAGGAUGACAACAGACGUCUCUAAUAAAACUACUGCUGAAGAGGGGAAAGAGGUUCUUCCCAAAAAGCCAGUUUUAUCAGAUGGAGUAGCACAUAGUACUGAGAAUGGAGUAAAGGAGGUGACCCAGGGACAAAUUCCCAAUGCCAUGGACAUAUUGGAACAAGAGGACAAGAAUGACAAGGAAAUUAAAGAGCUCCCGGGCCCUGGUUCAGUCGAGCCUAUGGAUCUUGAUGGAUAUUCCAAGGACCCUGAAAAAAUUGAUUCUUCAUGUAAACGCAGUGAGCCAGAACGUCUUCAGUCUGGCAGGAACUCCAAGGAGAGAGCUUCAGAGAGCCGGACUCCAGAGCUUUCUUUGGAAGAGCUAAGUAUUAGCUCAAAACAUCAGCAGCAGACAGCUAAAGGAAUAGUUCAAGCAGUACCUACAGAAGAACCUAUGCAGAGAUCAAGCAGGAAAAGGAAAUUACUUGAGGAUGUGGAGUCUGGAAAAACACUUCUGCUUGAUGCGUAUAGAGUGUGGCAGCAAGGUCAGAAAGUUAUGGCCUAUGACCUGGGUAAAAUUGAGAAGAUCAUGUCUGAAACGUACAUGCUGAUUAAACAGGUGGAUGAAGAAGCAGCACUUGAACAGGCAGUCAAGUUUUGCCAGGUGCAUAUGGGAGCAUCAGCACAGAAACAGGUGGAUUCUGACUUCAGUCCCACAGAAUGCCACACUGAGGCACAGGAAUAAAUUAAAAACCCAAGAAUAAGUUACGUAACAGGUGCACUGCUAGCAUCUUUCAGCAGGAAACUUGUGUUGGGAAGACCAUCACUAUCACUUUCUGUGGAACACCUGAUUGUUACUUUUUCCCACACCCCCAGAGCAGUGGGCUGUUCUAGGAGCGGUAUCAGAAGGUCCCUGUAGGAUUUGUUUGUUGUGUUUUGAAAGCAACAAUAAGUAUGGUAAUGUCAUGGUUUAACCUCAGCCAGCAGCUAAGCCCCACACAGCCGCUCACUCACUUCCCCUGGUGGGAUGGGGGAGAGAAUCAGAAAGCUAAAAGUGAGAAAAUUCGUGGGUUGAGAUAAAGACAGUUUAAUAGGUAAAGCGAAAGCCGCGUGUGCGAGCAAAGCAAACCAAGGAAUUGGUUCACCACUUCCCAUGGACAGGCAGGUGUUCAGACAUCUCCAGGAAAGCAGGGCUCUGUCACGUGUAACAGUGACUUCGAAAGAAGAAUGGCAUCACACCCAAUGUCCCCCCCUCCUUACUGCUUCAUCCCCCAGCUUCCAUUGGAAGGGUUUGUCCAUAGCCUCCGAGAAGCUGAAUGAACUCUUGGAGGAGUAUACAGAAAUAGUCAAUGUUUUAACAAAUAAGGAGUCUGAUCUUGUCACCUGCGUAAGUCAGAUAUAGUCACAAUUCAAACAUGCAUGCAAGUUAUUUAAAUUUUAGCUUUAUACAGACUUCAUAAUGAAGAACAUUUUUGCUAAGUUUUUUAAAGAAGAGCAAAUAGGUUAGCAGGUAUUUAUGGAACUAAUGGACUGUUCUAGUCAUCUUCUGUGACAUGUCAUUUGGUUAUGAAUAAGCCUUGUAUGUUAGUUCCAUCCACUUUGGUAGUAUGGUAGUCAAGAGAGAUGUAGCACUGCAUCAUCUUCAGUAACUCGUAAAGCAUGCAGAAGGAAGUCCAAUCCUGACUAGAUGAACCUGUAAUCACAAUGAAAGAUAAGGCAAAUAAGAGUUUUCAUCUUAUUUCAGUUAUAUGCACUUGUUCUCUAAGUAGCAUCCUCAUCAGUGUAAGAAAAGAUUCCUUUCCUUUUAGUGACUAAAGCCACUUUGUAAUAAAGCCACCAUCUUUUAAACAUAGUGGUGGUAACAGACACUUAACACAGUGCAGUGAAUUAAAGAGGGGGAAGGAGAAUUGCUAUACUUUUGACUUAGUACCACAACAAAAUAGAAACUUUAAAAAAAAAAACCCUCUCCUAAUGAGAAACCACAUAAAACGCUGGUAAAGGAUUAUUGUCACUGCUGCUCAGUUCCCUACUGUAUCUUUGAGGGAAAUAAUCUUUAUUAUGCCUUGCUGCUGGUACAGCAGUAGAAAUAGAUGAACAUAAAGUGCUUCUGGCAAAGCCAAGACUUCCUGUAAUGAGUUUUUCUGGGAUUAUUUCUCAUAUGCAGUGUUAUAAAGCCUUGUCUUUUCCUGGAGGCAGGAUGAUGAAAUGUGGCCCCGUAAGUCUUGAGUUGUGUAGUUAGUGACUUUGCCCUGAACUGGAAUUCUUGCCCCUACACUAAAACCAAAAUCUCUGAAAGAAAACAACAUGUGCCUUACUGUGGUGCUCAUCUUAAUUUUCUCCUUACAGCUUUUGGGUGCUCUUCAGUUUCUGGGGCCAGUAAAACAUACAAAGAAGGUUUAAAUCUCCUUUUUUAUGGCUGUAUGAGGUACAGAAUACAUAGUAGCAAAGGGUGGGGAUUUUUUUAUGCUUUGGACUCUUAUUUUAAAAACAGGUGUUUCUCCUCUUUUUUUCUUCCACCCCCUUGUUUGAGAAGAAAAAGUCAUUGAGAGGGGUUUGGGUUGGGGUUUUUUCCGCCUUUCAAGGUCUCUGUUUCAUUGGGCUGAAAGAACCUGUCUCUUUACAGAAGUCUUAGACAACCCUUCACCUGAUCACAGGUAGAAGGUUUCCUUUAAAGCCAUAAAUAAGGAAAUCUUUGGUUGCCAUUCUUUGGUGUAAAGCUGCACUUUUUGACUAUGCAUUAGA